AUCCAUUGACUCUGUGACAGACUGACUGACUGACUGAGUGGCUGUCAGCACUGUCUGCCUCUGUCACUGUCACCUGCUGGACUAGAACCAUUCUCCUUAUUGUCAUCAGAUAAUUCGUUUUCCUUUCAGUGGCACCACUUGUCAAUCAAAAUGUAUGGGUUGGGGUGUUUGCUGCUGUUGUGCUGUGCAGUGGGACAUGUGUGUGGAAUGACCAGACUGUACUUCAUCAGGAUAGAGGAGGUGAAUUGGAACUAUGCCCCACAGGGGAAGAACGUCAUCCAAAACCGAACACUGGAAGAAGAUGAAGAAGCCUCUGUUUUCCUGAGGAGGGGCCCUCAGAGAAUCGGCUCCACGUAUAAGAAGGCUGUGUAUAAGCAGUACACCGACGCCCUCUACAGGACUGAGGUGACAAAGCCUGAAUGGCUGGGGUUUUUGGGACCUAUGAUCAUGGCUGAGGAGGGAGACACGGUGGUGGUCCAGCUCAGAAACGCAGCAUCCAGACCAUACAGCAUCCACCCACAUGGCCUCAACUACACCAAGGGCAACGAGGGAGCCCUUUACCCAGAUGGUACUGAUGCACGACUGAAGCGCGACGACUCAGUGCCUCCUGGUGGGACAGUAGUUUAUGAGUGGACCCUCCCCGAAUCCCACAGCCCAACAGCCCGCGACAGUAACUGCCUGACCAGAUUUUACCACUCCCACGUCUCUGCACCGAAAGACAUCAGCUCAGGACUGAUUGGCCCGCUCAUCACCUGUAAAAGAGGAACUCUGGACGUACAUGCAGAGAGGACAGUAGACUACCUGUAUUCUCUGUUGUUCAUGGUGUCAGAUGAAAACUUCAGCUGGUACAUCGACGACAACAUCAGAACAUACAUCCCUAAUCCGGCCACUGGUUUAAAAGAAAAUGAAGACUUCAUUGAGAGCAACAAGAUGCACGCUAUAAAUGGGUUUGUGUUCGGCAACCUGCCCGGACUGAGCAUGUGCCAAGGCAACAAGAUCCAGUGGCAUAUGAUUGGCCUCGGCAAUGAGGUGGACAUGCAUUCAGUUCAUUUUCACGGUCAGAUUCUGACCACCCAGAACCGUCACACAGACACAGUCAGUCUGUUUCCUGCCACCACAGCCACAGUUGAGAUGGACGCCGACAAUCCUGGACACUGGCUGCUGACCUGCACUGUCAACGACCACCUGAUGGCUGGGAUGCAGGCUUUAUUUGAAAUCAAGAAAUGUUUCCCCAACGUCCACAAGCCUCGUCCAUAUGGUGAAACCAGAGAGUACUUCAUCGCUGCUGAAGAAGAGGUGUGGGACUACGCUCCUACACUGCCCACAGAUGGGGAAGCAGACAUUUAUGUAACCAGAGGUCCCCAACGGAUCGGAAACCGCUACAAGAAAGUUCGUUAUACGGAGUACACAGACAACACCUUCACAACCAAGAUGUUACGCAGUCCUGAGGAGCAACACCUUGGAAUUCUGGGUCCUGUGAUGCGAGCUGAAGAGCGAGACACCAUCAGAGUUGUGUUUAAGAAUAAAGCCACCCGGCCGUACACUAUACAACCACAUGGUGUACAGUACAGCGUGGAACAGGACGGGACGCUCUACCACAAUGAACUAGAAGAGUCUCACACAGCAAAGAAACUGAGGGAACUAAAGAGGUUACCACGUGAGUUUAGCACGAAAAACAUACAAAAUAUUACAUUAGAAUACAGGACGGACAAUGAGGGGUUUGUUUUUACAUUAAUCAGGCUUGUUUUAUAUACAUUUCCAUAUUUAGGGAUUGUGACUCCUCCCCCUGCCGCCCUGGUCCGACCCGGGACGGUCCACACCUAUGAGUGGACGGUACCAGUGGGUGCCGGUCCAGUACAAGGGGAGGCCGACUGUCUGACGUAUCUGUACUACUCAGCAGUGGACGCUGUCAAAGACACCAACUCUGGACUAGUCGGACCCCUCCUCAUAUGUAAACCUGGAUCGCUUAAGAGAGGAGUACAGAAGAACUUUGAUAAAGAGUUUCACCUCCUGGCUACGGUUUUUGACGAGAACUUGAGCUGGUAUCUGGAUGACAACAUAAGAACCUUCGCCACUGCUUCUGCCACCGUUAAUAAAGAAGACGAGGGCUUUAUCGAGAGCAACAAGAUGCACGCCAUAAACGGGUACGUGUACAGGAAUGUCCCAGGCCUGGAAAUGUGCAAGGGGAAUAAAGUGACGUGGCAUCUGUCAGGUCUCGGUACAGAAGGAGACAUCAACACACUUUACUUCCAAGGAAACCGCUUCCUCUACCGCCAGAACCGACGGGACACAAUCGCCGUUUUCCCUCACAUCUCACACACUGUCACUAUGGAGCCAGACAGCAUGGGUCAGUUUGAAGUGGUUUCUCCCACUGUGAGUCACUAUCGUGGUGGGAUGCGAGCCAACUACACAGUACAGAAGUGCAGUCUGUUCCAGCGUCAGGGUGAGACGAUGCUCCACUCCAAAACCUACUACAUCGCUGCUGUGGAAAUGGACUGGGACUAUUCUCCAAACCGCACCUGGGAAACUGAGAUGUUCCGCAAUCAGCAGAAUCCUGCUACAGUCUUCCUUGACAAGCAGGGUGGGUUUAUAGGCUCUCGCUACAAGAAGGUGGUCUACCGUCAGUACACCAACGACAGGUUCACGACACAGGUGGAAAGACCACCAGAUAUGGAACACCUUGGCAUUUUGGGGCCGAUGAUUCACGCUGAUGUUGGAGACAAGGUGAAGGUGGUUUUUAAGAACAUGGCAUCCAGACCGUACUCUAUUCAUGCCCAUGGGGUCAAGACAGAGGUACCUGAAGUCCAGCCCACUCAACCAGGUCAGACUAACUCAUAUUACUGGUACGUCACGAAGAAUACAGGACCGACCACGGAGCAGGAGGAGUGUGCUGUGUCAGCAUACUACUCUACUGUGGAUGUUGUCAAGGACAUGUACAGUGGUCUGAUCGGUCCGUUGGUGAUCUGCCGUCGUAGUUGGGCCAGGAGUUUGGGAUUAAAGAAGGAAGUAGAAGAAUUUGCACUGCUUUUCCUGGUUUUUGAUGAGAAUGAAAGCUGGUAUCUGGAUGAAAACAUCAGGACAAACAUCAGGACUCCUCGUCCAAACUUAAAGGAUGAUGAAACCUUUAUAGAAAGCAAUAAGAUGCACGCCAUUAAUGGUUAUGUUUAUGGGAACCUGAAUGGUCUGAACAUGGAGGUAGGAGAUAAAGUGUACUGGUAUCUGAUGGGGAUGGGUAAUGAAGUGGACAUACACACUGCACACUGGCACGGACACAGCGUGGAAUAUAAGCUGGGUGGAGGUCCUCACCGUACUGAUGUGUAUGACCUGUUUCCAGCCACUUUCCAGACGGUAAAGAUGCGUCCUCAGUAUCCUGGUACCUGGUUACUUCACUGUCAUGUCACUGAUCACAUUAAGGCGGGAAUGGAGGCGAUGUACACCGUCCGGGAAAAAGAGAGGAGGAGAGGAAUCAUUGGAUGAACAAAAAAUUAAACACUUCAGACCAAGAUGAGCGUUCAAAAUCUAAAAAUCAACAUCUGUUUAUAAACUCACUGCUCCACAGAAGAAACCAUUUGGAACCAGGACAUCAUUUUAUAUUAAAAUGUGCAUUUUAUAAUGGUAUGGAUGCUUUGUUGUUUCCCAAAUUUCACUUUAUAAUUAAUCAAAGGAAAUAAAAUAAAAUCUGUCUGGA